UGGAAUUGUCCAACUCCUCUUUUCACCUACCACAACGUCAGUCCUCUCCCCGGUUCCGAACGAACCCCCGCUUUACCAACCCAAUCCGGUAGACAGGCUCUGCCGUUUUCUGCCGCCUAUCUUCUUCUUCUCUCCCUCAAAAUCUGCAACGGCAACGGCAACCAGCAAUCCAGGCCUGCCGGGUUGGUUUCUGUGCUGGAUUGGUUUUUUCUGCUCGCGCCCAUCUCCAGUGUCCACGAUUAAUGGCGCCAUCGAUCUCAGUAAGACAGCCUCAACGAAUUUCUAUAUUGCAUACCAAUGUACAUACAAGAAUUCCUCUAGUUAAAACGUCUUGCUUGGCGAUGAAGAGUGCUCACGGAUCAAACACCGUUACAUCUUCACUACAAAGUCAUGAAGGUGCCAAAGUUAUCCAGCCUGUUGUCAAAAUGUGUGGCAUCACAACGGCCAAAGAUGCUGAAAUCGCUUUGGAGGCAGGAGCUAAACUUAUUGGCAUGAUACUUUGGCCUAACUCUAAACGCUCUGUCGCAUUAUCAGAAGCAAAAGAAAUUUCAAGAGUAGCACAAUCUUAUGGGGCUGAAUCAGUUGGUGUUUUCGUAGAUGAUGACGAAGAGACAAUAUUAAGAGUGUCUGAUUCAUGUCGCCUUAAUUUAGUCCAGCUCCAUGGAGAUGAAUCCCGUUCAUUGCUUCAUGUGCUUUCAAAGGAUAAACGUAUCAUUUAUGUCCUAAAUGCUGCUGAUGAUGGAAAACUUAUUAAUGCUCCUCCUCAUGAAGAAUAUGUGCUUGACUGGUUCUUAGUGGACAGUGCGAAAGGCGGAAGUGGCAAGGGAUUCAACUGGCAGAAAUUUCAGAUGCCACCUGUUAGAAGCAAGAAUGGAUGGCUAUUGGCUGGAGGCCUUCAUGCUGAUAAUGUUUGCGAGGCAGUGUCUGUUCUGAAGCCAGAUGGACUCGAUGUUAGCAGUGGCAUUUGUGCCGCUGAUGGAAUUCGAAAAGACCCCGAGAGAAUUUCUUCUUUCAUGAGCAACGUAAAAUCCCCGAGCAGAUCAUAAGGAUAUUUGUGUGUUUGGAGCAUAAAUUUGUCUAGUCGGCUCACCAUUGCGGAUACUGAAGCGACUUGCGUUGAAAGCUAGUCGUUUGACAUGGCAGUGAUAAACACCGUUGAGGUUAAAGGCGCAGCAGUACCAGAUAUCUGAAGACUAAUCUUUCUAUGUAUUAGAAGUUAUUUGGUACAUAUUCAUUUGUCUGGUUACUGGGUGGGUAGAAGAUAUUUCGUUCCUUCGGUG